AUGGCUAUGAUAUCGACUAAUCAAUAUCAUAUGUCAUCAUUUGAUUUUGAUGAUUUAUUUUUGUUUUCUGAUGAUUUUUAUCAUCAAAAUGAAUAUGAACAAUUUUGUACUUUACAUGAUGAUUUAAUUGAAGACAACACAUCAUUAUCUAAGAAUAAUCAAUAUCAACAACAAACAUUAUUACAUAAUAAUUCAAUAAAAGAAUCAAAUUUAGAAUGUCGUGUUUGUGGUGCUUCAGCACAAGGUUAUAAUUUUGAUCAAAUAACUUGUGAAUCAUGUAAAGCAUUUUUUCGUCGAAAUGCAUUACGAGAUAUGUCUCAACUAAAAUGUCGUUUUUCUGGUUCUUGUAUUAUUAAUAUUUUCACACGUCGUCAAUGUACGUAUUGUCGAUUAAAAAAAUGUUUUGAUAUUCAUAUGCGUAAAGAUUGGAUUCGUACUGACGAAGAAAAAAAAUCAAGACAAUUAAUUAAAUUAGUAAAAGAACAAAAAAAAACAAAUAUUCUAACAAAUGAUCAACUAUCUCUUAUUAAUUUUCCAAUAGUUAUACGAAAAAAGAAACGUUUAAUAAAAAAAUCAACAAAUCAAGAAUUUAUUACUAAUUCAAUUUAUGAAAUUAGUUUUUUUGAUCUUAAUCAUAAUUUACAUAAUAAUGAUCGAAUAUUAAUAAAUAAUAUUAAUAAUGCUUAUCAAUUAGUAGUAGAUAAAAUUGAUUAUUCUUGUAUUAAUAAAUAUACAUCAUUAACACCUCUUUCACAAUUUAUGCAUAAUGAAAGUAUUAUGCAUGAAUCAUUAAUUAAUUUUUUUAAAUAUAUACCUGAAUUUAAACAACUUGAUAAAAAUGAUCAAAUUAUAUUGAUUAAAUCUAAUUUAAUAAAUAUUAUACAUUUACAUCAUUUAAUAAUGCGUAAUUUUCAAGAUUGUCCAAAUAUUGGUAAUCAUAUGUCAAAAUGGAUAAAUGAAGAUUUUCAUAAUCGAAUGUCUCGAACACAUCGAUAUUUAUUUCGUUUUAUGAAUUAUCCAUUAUUAUUAAAACUUACAUUAAUUAUUUUUAUUUUUAGUAUUAAUUUAUCUGCAUCAUCAGAUAUAAAUCAAUUUUAUGAAUAUAAUAAUUCAAGAAUAUUAUUUGAAUAUCAAAAUUAUUAUAUAAAUAUUUUAUGGCGUUAUUUAAAUUGUUUAUUUGAUGAAAAAGAAGUUAUACAAUCAAUACAAAUAAUAGUUACACAAAUUUUACGUUAUCAAUUAUUAAUGGUUACAAUGAAAAAUUCUGUACAACAAAGUUCAGAUUGUGAUCAAUUUCAUUCAUUAAUGAAAUCUAUAUUUGGACUUUCAUGA